CCCCAAUCCACUGGAUUGCUGACUCCAUUGGGCUACCAAGAAGGACCCAAGAGAAGACCCUCACGGGCCUAGAGGAUUAGGCCAGAAUAGCCACCUACGAAAAGGAUCAUCCAAGCAGGCAGUGAUCUACAAUGCGGCUGUAAGCGCUUGUGAGAAGUAUGGCCAGUGGCAAGGAGCCUUGCAGUCCUUGGCCCAGCAGCUCCGCUCGUCGCUCAGCUUGGGCGUCGCCGGCCUUGCGGGCGCCUCGAGCGCCUGCGGGCGCCGCAGCCUGUGGCGCUGGGCCACGGAACUCUCCAGUGCCAUGCAGGCCCGCGAGGUGCAAGGCAAUGCCAUUGCCUACAAUGCCUCAUUGAGCUCUUUGGAGAAGUCCACGUCCAAGCGCUGGCGCGGCUGGCGCCUGGCGGCCAACCUCUGCGAGGCUCUGACCCGUCGCACCAUCGCUCCCACCGUGAUUACCUGCAGUGCCAUGAUCUCCGCCUUGGAGAAGGGUCUCCAGUGGCAGAGAGCCGGGAAACUCUUAGAGCAGUUGGUGCAACUGCAAGUGGAGGCGAACGUGAUUUCCUUCAACGCCGCCGUCACUGCCUGUGCGUCGGCGCAGAAAGCACUGGACGAUCGACGCGGAAGUGCCAUGACGACGGACGUCUGACGGAGGAUCUCGACGAUCGAUCUGCUUUCCAUCGUUUGCGGACGUCAGACGGAUUCGCCGAGGGAUGACCGGCGCGGCGAGAACAGCCAGCACAGCCAGAACCACGAGGACGCGACUCGCAUCGAACAGCGGGAGCACAGCAUCGAACGGCAGAAUGCCAACGGGACCGUGUGAACGCCACUGGGACUUAAGGUGACGAUUCCAGGAAGAACGGCUGUGAUGCUUGGGCAGGGGGAACCAUGUGUAAAAUAUUCGGGAAACU